AUGACCAACCUUAUCGUUGUUGUUUUUGAUGUAACUAACCAGGAAAGUUUCUCCAGUGCAAAGCUUACCUUGACAGAAUUACGGAAACCUAAUAAUAUACGUAUACCGGUCGUUCUUGUGGGGAAUAAAAUAGAUCUUAAAGCGAAGCAUAUCAAUAUUAUGGAAGAAGCCCAGGUGUUAGCGGAUGAUCUACGUAUUCCGUAUUUCGAAACUUCUGCUAAGGAAGCACAUGGUAUUGAUGUCCCUUUUCUACAUCUCAUUAAGGAAUAUUAUGAACUGUACAAUGAUGCAGUCAAUGGCUAUCAAACUUUAUUAUGA